GUUCGAGAUAGGCCAGCGCGACGUUGCGACGUUCCAUCGAAGCCGAUCGAAGAAAUCGCUCGAAUGCGUCGCGCCGUUUGAUCGCUCGAUCUCCGUUGAUCGGUGAGUUCGGGGAAAACGCGGUCGCGUGUGGUGUUGUAUAGUGAACGGUACGAGGGCAACGAGAGAAAGAGAGAUUACGAGAUAAACGACGAACCUGUGUGGUGACGAAAACCGAGAGGACUGUCUUUUUCUCCGUGGAAGAGUGAAGAUGGGCAGCGAUCACGUCACGAUGGCAGCCCGUCGUGUGCGUUCCACCUGCGUGGCGAUGACGGUCGUUCUGCUGCUGCUGCAACUGACAGCUACCGUGAACGGAGCGGAUCCGUACUUGGAAAUUCUGCCGAACGGCGAGACGCAGACGAAGGCAAUCGGCUCCAGUAUCCUGCUUACGUGUAAACCGAAGGUGGAGAAUCCGACGCUGAUCAGCCAGAUGCAAUGGCUCGAUCCGCAAAAUUACCCGAUCGAGUCUCUCAAAUAUGUCGUCUUGCCACUCGAAAGUGGGCAACAAGCGGGUCACACGAAGCCGGCCAUGUACACCGAAUUGCAUCAGGAUGGCAGUCUAUCCCUGUUCUUUAAUUCUCUUCAAGAGCAACAGGCCGGAAAAUACACGUGCAAGGGGAAUUAUGCGCAUAACGUACCAUUAAGCAAGUCCGUGACAAUCGAUACUAUUAUUGCGAUCACGUGGGAGAAUGCGCCGGUAAAUCAGUAUCCCAUUCUCGGAGAAGACUUUGAUGUUCAAUGUCAAGUGCGCGCUAGGCCAUCGCCUUCGGUUGAUUGGCUUUACAACGGAGAACUGAUCAAGACAAACGAUCACUACAUCAUAAAUACUUAUGCCUUGAGGAUCAAGAACGUUCAAGAGUCCGACGAUGGCAUAUACACAUGUCGUGCAUCGGUACCGACUACAGGAGAAUUGCAAGAACGAGCUAUCCGCGUUGAGGUACACAUAAAACCCGUGAUCGAAGAUAUCACGAGCACGAUAGACAUUAUCGAAGGCGAAAAUGCGAAUAUUGAGUGUAAAGCUAGAGGCAAACCGCCACCAACGUUCACAUGGGUCAAAUCUCUCACGCAACAGAACCUGUCUUCCGCCGAUCGCUUCGGCGUCGAUCCUGUUACGGGUGUGCUCACCAUCACAAACGUGAAUCGCAAUGACGCGGGCGAGUAUCAAUGUUCCGCGGUGAACGCCGCAGGCCACGCCACGGGCAACAUCUUGGUGAACGUGAUCGUCAAGCCGAAAAUAAUGGAGUUUGUGAACAAAACCGUGGUGGAGGGCAAAGACGUGGACAUCCAGUGCAAGGCCUUCGGUCGACCACCGCCUCGGGUGACUUUCAGGAAGCUCACCGUCGACAAGCCGUACAUGAUGGGUACUCAGCCGCAAGACGAUCGGAUCGUCGUGAAGAACGAAGUGGACGAGGGAAACGGCGAGACUGUUGGCAUCCUCUCGAUCAUGAAGGCCCUCACCGACAACGACGGCCUGUACGAAUGCAUAGCGAAGAACACGGGCGGCGUCGCCUUCAAGAACGGUCAUCUGACCGUAGAGUUCCCACCCUCCUUCCGUAGCAUGCCGAACGUUACAGUCUUUUCCUGGGAAUCGAGACCGGUGAAUCUCACCUGUAUCGCCGAGAGCAUACCGAACGCGACGAUACGCUGGACCUAUUACGGAGAUUUGAAUCCUGACCAAGACCCCAUGAUCCGGCAGAUCGGUAACGGACCAAUUUCCACUCUCGCGAUACUACCAAUGGAUAAGAGAUAUUACACCCAUUAUAAAUGUAUCGCCGGAAAUCCUCACGGUACGCGGGAGCAUUUGAUUGAAUUGAGGGAAGCGACGAGACCCAGUGAACUUUUGGGCGUCAAAAUGGCCGAUAUCACUGCCACGACGAUAAGAUUCGAUCUGAUACCACCUGUGCAUCCGGAUUUACCUAUCAAAACUAUCAGCGUGCAAUAUAAAGAAGACUUCUCCUAUGAUGAUUGGACUAAGUCGAAAAAUAAGACGUGGUCUGUCGGUUCUUUAUACGUCAUCGAGCACUUGAAACCACAGACGGCCUACGAUUUCCGAUUUGCGGCGAGUAACGACGUCGGUUUGGCUAACUGGGGUAACUUCCACCGAGAGAUCACACCUGGUAGAACGAUGCCAAAGGAACCGAGAAUCCUGACUACGCCAGGCUCUGAGUACGAACAUUCCCCGUUCAGUCACCAAUACGAGCUUACCUGGGUGACGCCGGCCGAUAAUGGUGAACCCAUAGACAUGUAUCGGAUCAAGUAUUGCGAAAUAACACGCGUCGCCGGUGAAUGGGAAACAUUAGCAGAUACCUGUCAAUGGACUGAGGUCAAAAGCCAAAGGACGAAGCAAUUCCUCAAGGAUUUGAAAUACAAUACUUUCUACGAGGUCGAAUUGGAGGCUCAUAACAUAAUGGGCUACAGCAAACCUGGAUACGCCAAGUUCAGGACGGCUAGAGAAUCUACGGUCAUGGACUACAAUAAUGCUGGUGAUACUUGCAAGACCGGCGUCGCCAUUACCGCAGCAGUAAUGCUCCUAUCUCUAGCCAUUUAGAGUCGCCGUCAGGGAUAUUUGCUCCUCGCGCUCUAAUCCUCUCUCUGCGUCGUGAACGCACGCGAUAGGAAGCGAGGCAAAUUCGCGAGGCCGACAGUACAAGCGAGACACCACGAUGGACGAAAGUGACACACACGCUCCACUAUAAUAUAUAACACGCCCUUUAUCGUGAUUUCCUGCGACUCUCGUGUUUCGUUCGGAUCUGAUCGAAUUACCUGGACGAAUCUCGAAUAUGAUAGCGUUUUUUUUUUUUCUUUCGCGCUGUGAAGAGAGGUUUCGUGCGAGACACGACGACGAGAGUUGAUCGCGGGACAUUUGUACACGAUUGUGUCCGUUCAUUUAUAUAUCUAUUUAGUAGUAAACGAUCGACAACGACGAGCUGUAAAUUGAUACGUUUGCCGGUACAUUCCGAGAGUAAAGAGAGUAGCGUAUAAGUGGGUUCUGUAAGAAGGAAGAACGUGAAAAGAGAGUCGCGAGAUGCGAAGUGUAUUUAUACGUACUUGUACGUAUUAUUUGUUAAAUGCUCACUGCGUGUUAGUAUAAACGUACUGGUACGUUUCCUUUCACUUUUCCCCAUUCAUAUAUAAGUUAAGAUUGUACUUUGGUGGACUUCUGUAAGAGAGGCGGGUGCCGCAGUGCGCAAGGAUAACGUUUCCCUCGCACCCUCCGAGGGCGCAGGGGAAAUUCACGUAACCAAAACGAACGACGUGUAGUAGUGUACCAAUUACUUCGCGCGUUAUAAUUUUCGUUUCUUAAUUAGAGUCAGACCUUGUGCACUUUUAAACAGAGAUAAGAUACGAGGUACGCUUCGUCAACUUUUGCAAUUACGAACUUUUGUAUGGUAUGUUAUAUCGAUAGGUAAAAAGAGAAAAAGAAUGUGCUUCCCUAUAUAUAGGUUGAUUCGAGCAUAAAUUAACGAUUUAUAUAUAUCGGUUAGGUAUAUGACUAUACAUACGAGAGCGUGAAAGACUAUAAGGUAGUGACGACCGUAAGAGUGCUACUGCCCUGAAUUGUCGACUUAUACUCACGCGCAAAGUUUUACCGACGAAGAGGAAGGAUAUUAUAGAUCUUAUCGAUAUUAAGGGAACGAACAGCCGCGACUUGGUUGAUCGCGGCGACUCGUAAGUCACGCACGAAUACGAAUAAUGUAAUAAUCGUGUUCCGUUGAAUUGGAGCAUCGGGAGCUAUUUACUGAGUUCUUGCCGAUCGGUACAUGUUGAAAGUAUUUUUAGACGAAACUUUUUUCACGUCUUUUGCGAUCUGAUUUUUACAACAAGUCAACGAACUUUCUAAAAUUGAUUGACGAACAAAAAGGGGGGAGGGAGAAGAAUAAUAGAGCGAUUAAGGAUACGCGAUCAACUCGGAUAUUCGCGGAUCCAUCAUAGCAGUUAGAAAAAAAAACCGUUAAUAACGUUAUGCAACGCGUAAAAAAAAACGAACGGUACUUGCUUUUAUGAAAAAAAUAUUAAAAAUCCGUUUUUAUCGAGGCCUUGAGAGGUGGGGCAUUUUUCUCCUUCCGUAAAAAGUCGACGAUUCGCGUUCAUGCGAUGUUCUUUUACGAGGCAAAGAAUUUCACACGAGCGAGCGGAGCUCCUCGCGAACUCGCGUCACGCACACAAGAUCCAGAAACGUUAAUCCUAGAACCUGACCAACGUGGACGUGUAGAUGUAACCAUGAAGAGACAAAUGAAUAAAGAAAUUAUAACGCGGUAACGAAAUUACUGUGACUCGGAGACACUUUUUUCCAUAUUUCUACGCGAUAUUACACAGCAGUAAAUUACUGUCGUCCAAAUUGCUGUGUUUUAUUUCUGCAUAUUUAUAUAUUACGCGGUAAUAAGAUAAAGUUGUUAUAAUUGAAAUUCUUGAAGAACUAAUCGGAACAGAAAUUACAGGAAUUCUAGGUCGGGUUCUACGACUAAUCACGAGACAAAAUCCGAAAGAAUACGACUCACACGACUGCCAGUUAAUAUUUUCAGUUGGGUUAAUUUCGUAUGAAAAUUGCGUCUGAUUUUUCUCUCCUCUCUUGCCUUCGAUUAUGUUUGUCUUUUUUUUUCGUAAUCUUUAUUUUUUGGGAAUUUAUUCAGUCAUUAGUUUCGCUUGACUAGUUUUGAGAUACAUGUUUAGUGUGCGCAUGAUCUGUGUGUUGCGAUCAUUACGAUUUAUACGAUUCUUAUAUUACAUUUAUAAUACAAUUAUAAAUUUGUUAUCGCCGUAGUUCUUACGUAUCUAUAACCGCCGCUACCGGCAGUAGCCGCCAUCACCGCCGCCGUAAUUAUCACUAGUAACCACUGGCGUGAUUAAUCACUAAUCUCGCGAUGAGAUAAGGGAAAUUGAGAUCGGUCUAAUUUUGGUUAGUUUAGAUUUCGAUGUGAAAGAUACGCAAAUUGUUCUCCGAUAUCAAGCGAAAUAACUGGAAUAUUCAGAUAAAAUGUACAUAUGAAAAAUUCAGCAUUAGCUAUACAUAUGUAUUUAUAAAUCGGAUCACGAAAUAAUUUUUAAUAAUAAAAAUAAAUUUAAAGUCAUAGAAUUAUAAAAAAAUUCUUUGAAUAGAAAUCAUGGAAAUUAAAGGUAAAACGGUCAUUGUUAAAGAAAUUCGCGCUGAACCUCGUCAUUUAUUCAUUUCCUCUAUUUCGCGACGUAGUUAUUCCGACCAGUGGGACAGCGUGACGAUUGGUGCAAAGUACAUUUCCCCCUUUUUAUUCUUUCACGUCGAAAAUUGAACUUGGCGAAAUUAUACGGUUUCGAUUCCUGGAUAAGAGACUACAAAGGAGCGCGGUUCGAUCUCGAAGGCCUGGUCGUAUCCGGAACGGGCGGUCUUUUACCUCAAGUGCCUGCACACACACACACACACACACACACUUACAAACUCUUCAUACACACCCACACACAUAGACAUUACACACAUAUACACACAUACGCAUCGAUCGCCUCCCCGCGAGGCUGACGCGAAAACACCGACGAUCGAUCUCGAUGUGACGAGGUCUUCGACCUAAAUCUUUUUACGUCUCUUUUAUAUCUGUUCGCAAUGCCUGGGUUCUUAGAUAUUAGUUCACACCGCAUGGCAUGAGCUUUGUUAUCAUUAUUCCCUUCUUAUUAUUUUUUUUUAACUUUAGCGAUACGUCACGCCGAGCCUCAUCGGCGAUGUUCCCAUUCCAUACACGACACCCCCGUUCAGAUGGAGAACGUGGAGAACGCGGAGAACUCGUUUACGAGUUCUUGGUAUUUGAUACGACGAGCGUAUUGGAUUCUGAUGACGAAUUUUUUAACAGCCGCGAGUCGACUUUUCCGUGAUGAAAAUUUUAUCAAAGAAAAAACUGCUAACUUUAAUCUGCGCAUAUAUCACUAAAAAUUGAAAUAUUAUUUAUAUAACUCUCUUUAAAAGCUCUAAAUUAAAGUGAUAUUCGAGAGUUACUUUUUCUAUUUGCUUCUCAAAUGCAGUUUUAGAUUUUAUCAGAAAUUAAGUGGCCGAGUUGUUUAAUAUUGAAAACUGAAAGGUUACGUAAAAAAUUGCCGGUAAUAGAAAAUCGAUUCCACGCACGUUCGCAAAAAAUCUGUCAUGAAAGUCCGAUACGGCAAAAGUACUAUAUGGACCACGUACAUAAUCGAACAUAGCGUAAGACCAAUUCGAUCUUAAUUACCAAUUACAUCGAAUAAUAUUACUAAAAAGGACCCGAGGUGUUCCUUAAUGUUCGCACAGUGCAACAAAUCUUGAGACUGAGGCACACAGGGCAUACUAUCGCGAAUUUAUGGAAACAAACACGUCUGCAAAUCUUACGAAAGUACCGGGUGCAAAAACAGCAACUUUUCCCGCAAAUGUAUUCCCAUGCCUCGGAACUGGAAUAACCAAUAGUUAUCGUCUAUCCCGAGAGAAGAAAAAGGAGAGAAAAAUAUUGGCUCCAAGAGCAAAAGUGAGCUCCGUCAUACGGGUCAUAAGUCGCGAAUUCCUUCUCAUCCGAUUUCUUACGCUCCGCCCUUAGCUGUUUCCGAGUGAAACGAAUGCUAUUGAUUAAUCUGGUUUCAAGGCAUCUGCACACUCUCAUCGUCCUGCAGUCGACAACGUUGAAGCCGGCGUUGAGUCUUUUAGACACACAAAUAUGAUUAAAUACCGUGAUAAAUGGGCCUCGGCGGACAACAAGCUCCUUACUUCCGUACUUCGCAGUCGUAAAAGCUCGACUGGACCGACAGUCGACGGGAAGACGACAACAUCUUUUACGCGCUGUUUUACCUCCCGUGACAAUAAACUCCGGUGUAACUUUGGAAACGUCGCGAAGUGGAAGAAAGCGUAGCCGCGCGCGCGCGCGCGGAUAAAGUCGCUUUCAGACGCUCCAAGCCGAUGAAAGACGAGCGCGCGUAAAGAAAGAGAAAGAGAGAGAGAGAGGGAGAGACCGGAAGGCUUUAAACCGAUGAUAAAGACAAUGUCGACGAGCGACAGACAGGACGACAGAAGAAAACGAUUCGAAAGGGGACGAUAGUUGCCGAAAUGGUUUUCCAUCCGUCGCGAAUCUUCGUCCGAUGAGUUUUCCUCCUCGCCGGCGGAAAUCGCCGGGCGGCGGGCGAGCCCCGCCCGGGGAAGCUCGGGGAACGAUUGUAACUGGAACUGGCCGAACGAAAUCCCUCGAAAUUCGCACUUUGUCUCGAUAAAAGGAUUCGUGAAAUUGCAACGAACAGACCACCGGUGUCGAUCCAGUUCGCCGCUUCGGCAAAGAACGCAGGGUCUUCCGUUAUUUCACUUUUUGCCGAGCGGGGUCGCGCAAUUCUGUCAGAGUCCAGUCAAUUUCCGUCAAUGUCGUAAAGUCUAUUUAACUUGGACUUCAUCCUCCGCGCCGCGCGUUACACGUUAAAUUUCGCUUUUCUGGUUUUUUUUUCCCCCCCCUCACCGUCCGCAACGACAUUCGGAUGUAUUCGUCGUGGACGUCGAAAUUAGUUGGAGAUUCGGCGACAAAACUGAUGAAAUUCAGCGAUAAAUUUACGCUGGACGCAAUACAUUGUGCCAGCUUCUUCGUACCUUCGAAAGGAUACAGAACAAUUCAGAAACAGACGGCAACGUUAAAUGUGGCGUGCGCGCGAGCCGCGAACAAACGGCUACCCUCCACGGGCGAUUGUUCGUCAUGUCGCGAUUCGCGCGCGGACUAAUUAAUGCGCGAACGCGAAGGGCAGGACUCGUUCCAGAGGAGGACGAGCGUGUUUGCGGAGAGCCUCGGUAGACCGGGAGACGCGCACGCGACUCCAACAACCAACCCUCCCUGCAAUCCGCAGGAUCAAUCGAACCUCGAUUCUUGCGCCGCGCGCCGCAGAAUUGUCUCUCUGCCGGGAAAUCAAGGCGGCUUUGUGUUUUGUGCUCGAGGAUCGAUCUUCCCUUUCCCUCCUCCUCCUCCCCCUCCUCCUCCUCCUCUUCCCCCGCGCAAACUGCCGCGUCGCGUCCGGAUAAAUUGCGAGCGUAUAAAUGCUCCAUUCGGCGACGACGACUCAUUGUUUGCGCGAGCGUUUGCUUUCACCCGGACGCUUCGAGCACCGGCAUCAUCAUCUCGAGGACGCGAUUGCGGACGGAAUCAAUUAGCGGGGAAUGCGGGAUUAUUCCGAUUGACUCGCUUUGUAGGGCGGCUGGGGCCUACGAUUAUAUUGAAUUUGUCUUGCGGGAAGAAACGCCAUUCCGGUUGUCAGGCGAGGGUAAUUCGAAGGAAAUGAAACAACGACUUUUUAACAAGUCGUUAAUAAAAUCAACGAUUACUCUUUUUUUUUUUUUUCGUUCUUAAAAUUUCUGUCUCGAUUUCAAUUUAUUCGGCCAAGUUUCCGAAAGUUCCUCGGCUUCGCCGACGUUACUUACCGUCGCGAUUGUCGUUUUCAAUGCUUUCGGUAUUGCGAUAUAAUAGGCACCGCGUUUCUCAAAACGUUUCCCGGGAGACGCCGAAAUAAUACGCGUCCAACAUACACACAAUCUCUGAAACGUGUCUAUGUUCGCGAGCAAGAAGUUUCCCAGCAGCAGUAGAAAGCAGCAGCGGCAGCUGGAGUGUUUCUCGUUACGGAGAUAAUCUCUCCGUGCGCGCGUACAAAUGGAUCCGCUCGAGAGGAGAAGGAGGAGAACCGUGUGUUUGCGCUGCUGGGGGAGGAGAGAUAGAAACAAGGAAACGCGCAGAGGAGCGCCGCGUAGGUUCGCUCGCGAUUGCGAAUCCGUUCGUGGAAACCUCCAGCGGGUGUUGUUGUGCCGCUUAUAAAUAGCCGGUCGCGUUAUUAAAGAGAACCGUGCGGCCUCGGAUGUCGAGGAUGAAUCGGAGGACUGGAACGACGAGAGGGCGCAGAGAUACGCAGAGAGGGAUACGCAAAACAUAAGCGCGAGAUUCGCUCUCUCUCUCUCUCUCUUUCUCUCUCUCCGCGAUCUAUUUCCGAUGGGUAUGCAUGGUCUUCUUCACGCGAUUUCGCAGCACCAGGUCCUCGAAUCCGCCCAGCGGAAACUGCUUAACCCUUCCACCGUGUGAAGGGGUAUUCACCUUUACUAAGCGAUCUCUUUUUUUUUUCUCAUUGCGCUGUAAUCUGCGCCGUUUAAUCUUUUGUCUUGUUAUUCAAUAAGAAAAAAUGAUAUAAACAAUUUUUAUUUUUGUAUGAAAUUAAUUUUAUUAGAUUAGGAUUUUCUAUCGCUCUUAGUAUAAUAAAAUAUGCUCUUUUUAAUUUUAAUUAUUAACGAUACAUUUAAUAUUGAAAUAUUGAUAAAAAGAUGUCGAGUGCCUGAAGGUACACAUACACAAAAUCGCGUUUCAUUGUGUGACUCGGUUAAUAAUAAACAGCCGCCUGUAUUCGGGAAAACCUUCCGCCCGAUGCGUUAGUGUAUUUUUUGCGGCUCUUUUAGUCUUUUCUAUUCUGUUAUCUUGUUUAAUCGUAAUCAGGUACGGGUUUCCAGAGAUUUUCCAGCGCGUUAAACAGAAUCUCCACAAACAGACUCACUUUUGCGUCGAACAAAGGAAACGCCUUUAAACCGCUUACGGUUUUCCAUCUGUGAGAAAACGGCACGUCGAUACAAAGUGUCAUAAUUUUUUUACUCUGUUUUCCCACCCCCUCCCCAGAUGCGCUUUUUUUCGUAACAUCGCAAUAUCGCAGUUUUUCGAGUGAAGGAAGAGGAAAAAAAAAGGUGGACGCGGGUGCCGUUAUGAGUUCGCUUUUGAACUGCAAAAGGAUUGUUUAAGUAUUAAGAAACCUAAGAGGGAAUCGCGCCGACACGGAGCUAGGUACAUUACGACACGGACCGAAAAUAGACCGGAAUGCGAAAUCGAAUUUCAACGCGGCCGACCGUUCGGUUCUCGUUGCCGCUCCGGUUGCUUUUACGAGACAUUCGAUGAUCGCGCAUAGUGAUCCCCUUUCUGUUCUUCUCCGUUCUUUCUUUUUUUAGUUUUUAUUACGGUACCGUGGAUUCCGCUCGUAACUUCCGAAGGGUAUAUAUUUACAUACCACAGGUACACAAUACACACACGCACACACACCAUACACAAAAUACACGAUAUACGAUAUACACGUAUAUGUACAAACGUAUAUAUAAAAAAUACACAUACGAAUAUAGAUAGAUAGAUAAAUAAAACAUUUACAUACGUCUAAGGAUAUGUAUUAGCCUAGUGCCUACUAUGUUCAUAUUUAUGAGAAGGAUAUAUCGUAUAUAACUCGUUCUUUCCUGUGCGAAAACACACAUUCAAUAUUGUAAAUACAACGGAACGACGUAAAGAAAAUAUAUGUGAGUGUCUAAGGAGAAAAAAAAGAACAA